UAUCAGACUAGUACGUCUCUGGUCACUCUAGAGUUUGUGCUAUUUGUUUUCAGAAGAGGGAGAAUUUGAUUGCCUAGCGCUUGAGGAUGUUAUUGAGAGGCAUGAAUAUCCACUUAUUUAAAGGAAAUAUACAGAACUGGAUUUUGCUUCGAAAUGCGUGUGUGCCGACGCAACGUAACAGGCUAAUCAGCCAGCAGCCCACAGCCCUCGGCCACCAUCUUUUCUUACAUGACAAUUAAUGGGCUUCCCAAUCUAAGACAAUUUCCUAAAAAAAUCUUACAGCAACACAAGCAACAACAAUAGUAACACACUUACCACAAGCUAUGUGUCCAACCCUGGCAAGUGGCCUCUCAUGGGAAUCACUCUUGGUCAGGUGGUGGACAGGGCUGAGCGGCUGUAUGGGGAGCGGGAGGCUGUGGUAUCAGUGUUCCAGGGCAUCAGGAAAAAUUAUGCACAGCUGAAAGAAGAAAGUGACCGUAUUGCCGCUGGUCUCCUAGCCUUGGGUCUGGAGCCUGGGGACCGUCUGGGGAUAUGGGGACCCAACAGUUACGAAUGGGUCCUCACACAGUUUGCAGCAGCCAAAGCAGGACUCAUAUUGGUGCAUGUCAAUCCUGCAUACAGGCCAAGAGAGUUGGAGUACUGCCUCAACAAGGUCUCAAUCAAGGCCCUGAUUUGUGACAAGAUGUUUAAGACAUCAGAUUAUUAUAAAAUGCUCUGUGAACUGGCACCUGAGCUGCCAUCUUCAUCUUUAGGGAUCUUAAAGAGUGCCAGAUUACCUCAUCUCCAGAGAGUUAUAAUGAUGUCAGAGGAAGCAGUAAGUGGAACAAUAAAAUUUACUGACUUGUUUGAGGCAGCAGACAGUUCAGAGAUGAAGAAUUUUGAACAGCUCACGAACACAAGAAUAAGAUUUGAUGACCCUUGCAGCAUACAGUUCACAUCGGGAACAACAGGAUUUCCAAAAGCAGCUAUUCUCUCCCACCACAUGAUAGCUAAUAAUGCUUAUGGAAUUGGCCUAAGAGCAGAAUAUCAUAAAAUGCACCACCGCAUCUGCUUGACAGUGCCUCUCUACCACUGCUUUGGGAGUGUGACAGGGAGUGUGCUGGGAAUGCUGUUUGGGGCCACUUGUGUCCUGCCUUCUCGAGGCUUUGAACCAGAGGCAGCAGUUCUGUCUGUAGAGAAUGAGAGAUUAACCACCUGCUAUGGGACACCAACAAUGUUUGUUGAUAUUCUAAAUGCUCAAAGGAAAGUACACAGAGAUCUGAGUUCCUUGUCUACUGGAAUAAUGGCCGGCGCACCCUGCCCUCCAGAACUGGUGAUGUCUCUUAUAAAUGAACUCAACAUGAAGGACUUCCUGGUGAUGUAUGGCAUGACAGAGACAAGCCCUGUCACCUUUGAAUGCUUCCCCUCUGAUCCCCCUGAAGUGAGAUCUUCCACCAUUGGAUACCCUGCUGACCAUAUUGAGGUGAAGAUUGCUGAUCAAAAUGGACAGGUUGUUCCAGUAGGAGUCGCUGGGGAAGUUUGCAUAAGAGGUUAUGUUAACUUCUUGGGGUACUGGGGAGAUCCGGAGAAAACUGAGGAAACAGUCAGCCAGGACCGAUGGCUCAAGACAGGAGACCUUGGAAUUUUGCGGCCUGAUGGAUAUGCGCAGAUUAUUGGUCGCAUUAAGGAUAUGAUUAUUCGAGGUGGUGAAAAUAUUUAUCCAACAGAAGUAGAAAACUUUUUGAUGGAACUACCAGGAGUUCUGGAAGCACAAGUUUUUGGUGUUCCUGAUAGCAGGAUGGGGGAAGAAGUCGCUGCUUGGAUACGGCUGGUUGAUAACGCUGCCAUAGACGAGCAUAGUAUCAGGCAACUAUGCAAAGGCAAGAUUUCCCACUACAAAGUGCCUCGCUACAUACUGUUUAAGGAAGAGUUCCCAACUACUAUAACUGGCAAGACUCAGAAGUAUGUAAUGAAAGAAAUUACUAUGAAGGAACUAAAUUUGAGCAAAUGAACUGCUUUGAAAGCUCAUAUAAUUCAAGGUAAUAAUUGUUAUGCUUACUUUUCAAAUUGAGAUCUUUACUAAUUUCAGUCUGAGAAAAAACUUUUUAACUACAUUUUGGCCAGUAAUCACAGCUAUGGGAGCAGGAUUGAGAAGCCUUAUGAUUUUAUAGAAAUAUUUUUAAAUCUAUUUAUUUGACAUGAAUUGGAUACAUAUUUUAUUGAUUUAUUUUUUCAUUUAAAUAUUUUUAUAUACUAUUUAUUUAUUUAUUUAUUUAAUUUUUUUUAUUUAUUUAUUUAUUUAUUUUUUUUCAUGAAUUUGUUUGUUUGCACUGAUCAUAUGUUUCAGUCAUGUCUUGUGCUAAACUUGGACAAUAGUAAAUAAAAUCAUAGUUUAAUAUGUGUUCAUUACCCAACACAAGUUUUUACAUUAAAAUCAUAAUAGUUUGAUCAGAUCUUUUACUUUAAUUAAAGUAACUUACUUAAUUUUAUUAUAAAAAUAGACUGUUAAAAAUUUUGUAUUUGUAUUUCCUGCUAAUAUAAACAAAAAUAUAUCUUACUUUAAUUU